CUGUCCUCUCUCUUUUUAUUUCCCUGCGCCGGCCAGGAGCCGCGGAGACUCCUCCCCUUCCCUCAUUUCUCUCUCUCUCUCUCUGCCUUCCUCGCCUCUCUUCGCCCGCUCGCCGCCUCAGCAGCAGCGCCACCUUCCUCCCUCCUCCUCCUCAUUUCCCUCCCGGUUCCUGCUGCCCCCGCGAGGCACCUGCGCCCCUCCCCCCUCCUCCUCCUCAGCCGCCGCCACAGCGAGAGAGAAGGACAAGGCCGGAGUCGGCCGCGACCUCUCCCCGCGCGCGAGACCUCCCUCCCUCCUUCCCUCAAGAAUUCAUCUAUGAAUAAAACAAUGUGUGAAUUGUGAUGGGGGGAAAUGUAUCAAUAUUGGAACAUUAUAUUGGAAGCACUUUAAAAACCAGUAAAUGGUGCUGAUAGAAGAUCUACUGAGAUUAUAUUUUCCUGUAACAACUACGAAGGAAAAAUACUUCGCGAAUGGGAUGAAUACACAAGCAGUGACUGCCAGCAGCAGCUUGCUGACUCACAGUAACUAGCUGGAGCACUUAACUAGUGAUGUUUCCAUUUCUACUUUACCCCAUUUGAGCUUGCCUAUCUUGAAAGGGGAAAGAAGUUCAAAGUGGAGUACCGUAAACUUGAUAUGGAUAGCAAAAAGAAAGACAAGGACAAACUGGAUGAUAGAAUGGCAAGGCCUAGUGGUCGAUCAAGUCACAAUCCGCGAGGCGGCAGCUCUUCAAACUCUGGAGUGUUAAUGGUUGGACCUAACUUUAGAGUUGGGAAAAAAAUUGGAUGUGGCAAUUUUGGAGAGCUACGAUUAGGAAAAAAUUUGUAUACAAAUGAAUAUGUGGCAAUUAAGCUGGAGCCAAUGAAGUCAAGAGCACCACAGCUGCACUUGGAAUACAGAUUCUACAAGCAGUUAGGAUCUGGUGAUGGAAUACCUCAGGUUUACUAUUUUGGCCCUUGUGGCAAGUAUAAUGCUAUGGUGCUGGAACUACUGGGACCUAGUUUGGAAGAUUUAUUUGACUUGUGUGAUAGGACUUUUUCUCUAAAAACUGUUCUUAUGAUAGCCAUACAGUUGAUUUCUCGAAUGGAAUAUGUUCAUUCAAAGAACUUAAUAUACAGAGAUGUAAAACCUGAAAACUUCUUAAUAGGACGACCAGGAAACAAAACUCAACAAAUUAUUCAUAUUAUAGAUUUUGGUUUGGCAAAAGAAUAUAUAGAUCCAGAGACAAAGAAGCACAUACCAUACCGAGAACACAAAAGCCUUACAGGAACUGCUAGAUACAUGAGUAUAAAUACACAUUUAGGAAAAGAGCAAAGUAGAAGAGAUGAUUUGGAAGCUUUAGGUCAUAUGUUCAUGUAUUUUUUAAGAGGCAGUCUUCCAUGGCAAGGCUUAAAGGCAGAUACACUGAAAGAACGGUAUCAGAAAAUUGGAGACACAAAGCGAGCAACCCCCAUAGAAGUACUGUGUGAGAACUUUCCAGAGGAAAUGGCUACAUAUCUUCGUUAUGUGAGAAGACUAGAUUUUUUUGAAAAACCAGACUAUGACUACUUAAGAAAGCUCUUUACAGACUUGUUUGAUCGGAAGGGCUAUAUGUUUGAUUAUGAAUAUGACUGGAUUGGUAAACAGCUGCCUACUCCAGUGGGUUCAAUCCAUUCGGAUCCUGCAAUAUCUUCCAACAGAGAAGCACAUCCUCACAGAGAUAAGAUGCAACAGUCGAAAAAUCAGUCGACAGACCACAGGGCAGCUUGGGACCCCCAUCAGGCCAAUCCCCAUCACUUGAGAGCUCACCUAGCAGCUGACAGACAUGGUGGCUCGGUACAGGUUGUAAGCUCAACAAAUGGAGAGCUCAACACAGAUGAUCCUACUGCAGGACGCUCAAAUGCACCCAUCACAGCCCCUACAGAAGUGGAAGUAAUGGAUGAAACAAACUGCCAGAAAGUGUUGAACAUGUGGUGCUGCUGUUUUUUCAAGCGAAGGAAAAGGAAAACCAUUCAGCGUCACAAAUGACUUUGGAAGAAGGCAGACCAUGGGGAAUUACUUACUUGCUCAUCUGCGAUAUCGUGAUUAGUGACCACACGUUUUUCUGGCACCCCUGUUUCAAUGAGAAGGUCCUCAUACUUGCUUUGAUUUGGUGGUUCAACAUAUUUAGUUUGGAUCAUCUCUUCUGGAAGCUUUAAAUCUGUGUCCACAUGAGUAUAUAUUUGACCACUAAGAUACUGGACCAGUGGGGGAGAAAAUGCUGCUCUUUCCUCCAGCAAAACUAAACUGUCAUAGAAAACAUUAGCAGUGAUUAGCUGAAGACCAGAUAUUUCAUAAGCCUGGCAUGUGCUGAGGUUUUUCUGAUGCCAUACCGAAAGCAGGUGAUUUUUCAGAGAACAAUGGACAUGAAAGCAUAACUACCCAAACAUUUGAAAUACAUCUUGCUUUAAGAUUUCUUUUGUCAGCAACACUUGCAUUGAUUUCCCCCUCCCCCAUUGCUUUGAAGGUACUGCAUUUGCAAAAUUGUUACCAUUAAAUCCUAUCAGAAAACAUGGUACAGUCACUGCCUAGUGGUACUGAGACAGAAGCAAGAGAAGGAGUCCUCUGAUGCCAAAAGUCUGUGCUGUGGUUUCUAGGGGAGCGGGUGAAUCACUGUUGGUAAAAUCUGGAUUUAAAACUCAGCUUUUGUUGUGCCUCUAAUUGAAAUGCAGUGUAGUAGAAGUGGCAAUAGUGCUUGUACAGAAAUAAUGUUUGUAUAAUGCAAGUUGUGCUUCCAGUUAUGUCCGACACAAAGGCUGAAACUUCAACAGAAAGAUGUUUAGGAGUUAUGAAAAAAUACACUACAAGGAAAUAACUGUGAACAUGAAUCGGGGAAUACAUUCAAAAAGAAUUUAAUCAAAAGCUAGUGCUGAAUAACAAGUUUCAAAGAAGGUCUGGAUGUGCCAUGUAACAAAAUUUAGGUCUGUUUGUAAAUUAUUUUGCUAUUUGAUUUAAGAAAAGAAAUGGAUUGGAUGUAAUACUGCCUUUAAUGAAUGCUAGCCCUUAGGUCCUGAUCACAGCGGGGGGUUCCUGCAACUUUCUUACGCUUUGGUGAAAUAUUGCGACACUAAGAAACAGUUAAUAGCCUUGGUCAGGUACUUUCCUCAUAGCUCCUUGAAGUGCCUGUAUUAUGAACAAGUGAACUGUUCAGUAGAAAAGGCAGCCCCCCCCAUUGUUUCAUUUAAAGCCAUAAUGACAGAGGUGUGCUUUUGUCAUGUUUAGCUGCCAGCAUCAUGUGGAGAAUGGAGCAAAGGAAGUGAAAUGGCUAGACAGAUUUGUUGACCAAAACUCAAUGGUUUGUUUCCUUUUAAAAAGAGCCUCCUAGAGCUAACUUUUAAUAACUUUGUCUAUCAGUGCAUGCCUUUGGGCAUACUUAUUUAUUUUUAAUAUCUUGUGGUAACAUUCAAAAUGUGUAUUAAAAUCGAUAAAUGCACACCUUUGGAUUCAUUAUUGCAUUUACAGGGAUUGUUUUGUAAUUUAUUUUUUUCCCUUAACAGCCAAAAGUGAAGUGCAUUGUCUUGAAUUAGGUGCACAUAAGAACACAUUGUGCAGAUCUGGUCAUUGUUUGUCACUGUUGCUGUUAAUGACUUUAGUAAAUCCUUGAUAUACAAGCUUGAACCUGGCCUAUUAAAACAUAGACGAUAUUACUUGGUCGAAAGUUUUCACUCUACCUGUUUGUAUUAUGGAUAAUGUCUUAAACUCCCAAUGAGAGUUUUUAAUUUUUAUUUGAGCUGAGAAGGUAGCCAUCCUAAUGUGAAACACUUUCUUUGCAGUAUUUGACCAAAUUUUUCUUCAUAAUAUUUGUAAAUACAUACAGUAUCCUAUCAUACACCUGUUCGAUUUCAUCUUCAAGGGUUUCUUUGGCCUGUACAGUGUUUAUAUGAUCUGAACUCCUUACACAUAAUCCAAUUAUGGACUUGAAGAUUUAAAAAAUAUAAAACCUUUUUGUUUACUGCAAAGACCAGAAUCUAGUCAUGGCUAUUUAGCAAUAUUUUUUAAGUACUCCACUUUAAUGCUAAGGAAGACCUUGUCCUCGCAACACACAACUGGUCAGUAGUAAGUUAUGCAGUUAUGUUCAGGUUAAGCCAACAAUGUUUGCAUUUAUAUGCUUUUUCCCUGUCUAAACUAAUGAAAUCAACAUUGCCUGAAUGUCUGAAUAAUAAAACACAUCCCUGUUUAAAAAUAUGUAACAGAUGAAGAAGAAAAAAUAAAGGUAGUUUUUUUA